AUGACAGAGGAAAGCAGGGGCAAGCGGAGGAAGCAAGCCAACCCCCGGAGGAACCGAGUGGAUGCGGAGCAGGUGACUUCACUGGGAUCUGAGGGGGAGGAUGAGGUGGGCCUGUGGAGCCUGGAGCCCCAGGACUGCCAGGAGGGCCUGGACAAGACGAGCCUGACGCCCAGCGAGGGGACAGGGGAGCCCGGAAGUCCUGCCCGCUCCACGAGGCCAACCAGCCUCAGCCCUGGCAGCAGGAACUACUGGGUGCAGGUGGAGCCGGGGGACGAGGCUGCUGAGGACACCAUCACCGCAUCCACCGCUGACAGGGAAGGAGACCACGAACCAUUGAGGAUGUACUGUAAGAACUCAGACUCCCAGAAUGCCUUGGAGGACCUGGCUCACUAUCAAUUUCUGGCCCAGUUGAAGAAGGCCUCUACCUCCGCCAGCAUCUUGGACCAUCUGAAACACAAUGGCACAGGAGCUGCGUACAACCAGGGCAGCAGGCACGAUGACCUGCCGCCUGCUAUCUGGUCACCAGGAGCUCAGCACGGCUCACCUGAUGGAGCAGAUGCCGGGAGAACCCAGCAGGUUUGUCCAUUCUGCCACAGGAUGUAUCCGCAAGGAGCCUCUUUGAGGGACCACAUCAAGUACUGUCAGGAGAGGGAGGGGGGCCACAUGGUCUGUCCACUCUGUGGCUACACUGCCCCCCUUAGGGCACAGAUGGAGCAGCACCUGGCACUUCACAAUCAAAUACAAGACAAGAGUCCCAUCACGCUGGAUCAAGGCGUGGAGACCAGGAAGUUCAAAUGUCUGGAGUGUGGGAAAGCAUUCAAGUAUAAACACCACCUCAAAGAGCAUCUCCGAAUCCACAGCGGUGAGAAACCUUAUGAGUGCUCCAACUGCAAGAAACGUUUCUCUCAUUCCGGCUCCUACAGUUCCCACUUAAGCAGCAAAAAGUGCCUUAGUGGUGGAGGAAAUGGAGGGGGAAAUACAGGAGGAGCCAGCGGAGCAUUUAAUGGACAUAGCCGGAGCCCCUACCAUCACUCAUUUCUACUGUCUCCCUCUGCAGGCGGGGGGAGAAACAGUAAUGACAAUGGCUCUCCGUUGGCUUCACGGAACCAAGACAAUUCAAGGUCUCUGGGCCGAGUACCAGAAGAUCCUCACCAGCUUUUACUACAGGACCACAACCAGAACCCUACAGCCUUCCCCAGGGCUUCAGAUCUUGCUCAGUUUUGGGACCCCUCAGCAGAGCUGUCUCUAAGGGCCAAUAUCCUAAAAGGGACCACCCUGUUGCCUUUUCCUUACUCUGGGUCCAAGUUUGAGCAGAUGCUGCAGGAGAUGCUUCACAGGGAGGUGAAGAAAGAUGAGGAGAUGGAAAGAGGAGGAGGCGCUGCAGCAGCGGAAAGGAGGGUGAUUCAUAACGGAGGGGGGCCUGAAAGGAAGAUGUCGCCUGACAGAAGGAGAGAGUCGGUGAGGUCAGGUGAAGGGGAGAGAGGUGUGCUUGGGGUGACGUGUCGCUGGUGCUCUCAGCUUUUCCCUAACGUGGCAGUGCUCCUGCAGCACGAGCGUUACCUCUGUAAGAUGAACCGUGAGGCAGUGGACAUGCCCGAGGGUCUUGGUAGCAAAGACCAGCCCUCGCCACUUUUAUUCUUCCCCAGAUCUGCUCUCCAACCAGGGAACAGCAAGCCGUGUGAAGUAACCAAUGGCCUCUCUGGAAACAAGUCACCAGUGCAGAAGCCGAGCUGGCAAUCUGUACCACAGCAGCUUCUGGUCGCGAUGCACUCUCCCCCGCAGCCCUGCCAUGGUGCCCUGUCCUCACAUGCAUAUUGGUCCAGCAAGGAAAAGGGAAGCCCAAGCCAACCAAUCAACCAUUCUCCAGAUCUGGCAUCACCCAGAGCCAGAAGAAGAGUUCCCUCCUCAGGAUUUGGUUCUCCUGUCUGCCUCGACCUCACCAACUGUCCUCCUGAAAUCUCCUGUCCUCAGAACCAGACCAGCAGCCCCUGGUCUGCACAGAAGGAACCUCUGGACCUCUCCCUGCCCAAGCAGCUUUCAGACCAAGAGGGGAGAAACAAAACUGUCAACGGGGGCUCAGCCAGAGGUGAGAGGAGAGAGCUUGGGAUCCAGCAUCUUAGAGCAGCUCAGAGACUUAAAUCCAGUUUAAGUCCAACUUCACAUCUACCCCUUCACCCCCACCUGGUUUACAGCGGGGCCGGAGCUCAUGUGUUUCCAGGCUCCUUAUACAAUGGUUUUCCGAUUCCAUUCAGCCAGCCAGCUACUAGCCCUGGGUUUCUCUCUCCUGUGGCUUACAUGAUGGAGGCGGACACAGAGGCCACACUGAAAAAGAUCCACCAGGAGAGACAAGCUCUCAUGGGUGAGGUGUUAAGCCGUGGAGCUCUGGACUACCUCUCUCUAAUGGAUGAAGGUCUGGAGGGAGAAGGCGGGCCAGGGAGGAAGAGACUCAAGAAGACAGACGAGGGGCUGUAUGCCUGUGAUAUAUGUGAAAAGACCUUCCAGAAGAGCAGUUCUCUGCUCCGACACAAAUAUGAGCACACAGGUAAGCGCCCUCAUGAGUGCAAGAUCUGCAACAAGGCCUUCAAGCAUAAGCACCAUCUGAUUGAGCAUAGCCGGCUGCACUCUGGAGAGAAACCCUACCAAUGUGACAAAUGUGGCAAGCGCUUCUCUCACUCCGGCUCUUACUCCCAGCACAUGAACCACCGCUACGCUUACUGCAGCAGAGACCAGGAUCCAGAACAAGACCACGAGGACAUGCCUUUCACCCCGGGGGCAGGCAACAUUCUCGGGGGCCUGCUCACCGAUGAGGCCCCUCUGUCCAUGGAGGAUACUCAAACUCCACACUCUUUCCUCAGCGAUUCCAGUCUAGAUGGAGCUCCAGAGGCCCUCAAAGAGGUGGAGGAAGAUAAAGUGGCAGGAGUUAGUGAUGGUCAUGUGGAAGAGGCACAUGAGAGUUUGUCAGGGGGGCAGUUGGAAGGCAGCCCCGUCCAAGAAUCACCUACAAGGGAGCAUGGAGAGCGACAUGAGAGAAACAGUUGCGAUGGGGGAAACCAUAUUGACAGUGCAGAGAGCCACAUGUGGGACCAAGACACUGGGGACCAGAGUGGAGACUUGGACAAAUGUGAACUAAGUGUGGAUAUAACAGAUUUACCCAGAAUAAAAACUUAAGGUAACUUUAACAAGCCAAUACAAUGCAUAUCCUGUACACAUUAAGACUUUUGAUAUUUUUUUCUAUCACAUAUAUUAUUGCUCCACUGAUUUUUUUUAAUUUUAAUUUUAAUUUUUCUUUACUUAUUUUACAACAUGAAAAAAUGCACAGAACUGCCAAUGCAUAGAUGGCCUUAAAGUGGAUCAAGCCAUACAAACAAAAAUAUACGUGACAAUUCAAAUUAUAGUAUUUUAUCAUGCAAAAUAGACUUGAUGUACCUACAGUGUCUUUUGUUUUGUUUUGGUUUUUUUUAAUAAUUUUUUUUUGCCAGGAAAGCUAAAACAUUUUAGUCUACUUAUCUGAGGUUGUGUCACAUAUCCAGAUGUGGUAUUGCAGUAAUCUCACUUUUUAUAUGCUUGCUGCUGCUGGCUGUUGCUCAACCCAUAAAGCAGAGGGUUUUGCAUUUUUUUUUGUUUUACUUGGUUUGAAACAUUUGGACUGUUCACACGUAGAUGCACACCAGUGAGUGGGUUAAGAAAACAGUCCACGAAGGAAUUGUUUGUGUGACUGCAGGAUGGAGGGACAUCUACUGUAACAUUGACAUACCAUCAUGGCCAGAGGUUAGAGGUUACAGAUGCAGCCAUAUCAACAGAAUCACCUGAUGCCUAAUUAGUAUAUUUAUUCCUAUUAAUAAGUGCAAGGAACAUUCACUUUUGUGGUGUAUUUUGCUGAAAAGCUUUACCUCUAUUUUAAAAAUUAGCAAUAACUGUACAAAGAUUUCAAUUAAAACAAACAUGCAGCUAUUACUUUGUCCCAAAGCCAGUGAGUGCUUGCAUAUAUACAGUAGAAGUUAUCGUUGCCAGGACUUUUGUCAUUCAUGCUGUGAAAUCAAAAGGUAAAACCAACUCAUUUCUUCAGGUUAACUAUGGUGCUUAGUGGCUUUAAUUAAUCAGCAAGCUAUUUAGUGUUUAGAGCAGGCAGUAAAAUGAGGAAGAACUGGAAGGCGGUUGUUUAUUUAUUUUUUAAACAAAAAGCAGUGGACUGCACCUAUUUAAUUGUAUGCCUUGGUAGGGAACCGUCAUUUCUGCAUUUCUGUAUGGGAGAGUAAAAGGGGCAAAAGACGAUGUCAGCCUUUGGGUUUUUUCCUGUGAGGGAGCAAAUAAAACUUGCACUGUCUCACUGUUUCUGUAAUAAUCACAUGGUGCCGCUUUGUUCCAUUUAAUGCUAAAAUGUCUGCUAUUUCUCCUAAUAAUUUACAUGUGCUACAGCCGUUUUUCACACUUCUGGAACAAUAAUGUGUCACACAUUCAGGCUGUCUGUUGAGGUGUGGCGAGAGGGUCAAGACUCAGGACACAUACAUAGAACAGUUUUUAACUUCCUCUUUCUGACUGCAGUGUAGUCAACGUGAAAAGUGCCUCAGAUGUACUCAGACACUGUGAGUAAUCCAACAGAGCCUUGGUAUGACAAGAUAAGACGGUGGUGCAUGAGGUGUGACUAAACUUGUAGCAUUCAUGCAUACUGUGCAUCACAGUCACUUCUUGUUCAUAGUGUGUGUUUGUGUGUGUGUGUGUGUGUGUGUGUGUGUGUGUGUGUGUGUGUGUGUGUGUGUGUGAUGCAUAUGCGACACGCCAACUGCCGCCCUACUCUUGCAUAGUUCCUUACCUGUUACUUCUGUGUCAAAAAUAGGCAAAACAAUAGUUUACUCUGACCCAGUGUCUGCACACUUUUUAAAGGUUAAGCAGUAUUUU